AUGAUGCAGCACUAUGAAAAUUCAGUGAUAAUGAAUGUUAGGCACACGUCUCAACCUGGUUUUGGCUUCAUUGCAUACUCUAACCUUGUUGUUGUUGAUAAAGUGAUAGAAGACAAUCAUGUUAUCGAUGGGAAGCAAGUUGAGAUUAAGAGAACCAUACCUGAGGACAACGCCGACUCUAAGGAUUUCAAGACUAAAAAGAUAAUUGUUGGUGAGCUUCCCUCAACACUAACAGAAGAUGAUGUCAAGAGUUUCUUUGCAAGAUAUGGGACUAUGGUAGACCACCAGAUUAUGUUUGAUCACGAGACCAAACGUUCUCGAGGCUUUGGAUUUAUAGUUUUUGCUUCUGAGUAAGUUGUAGAUGAUUUGUUAGCAAAUGGAAAUAUGAUUGACCUUGCUAGUUCAAAGGUGGAGAUCAAGAAAGCAGAACCAAAGAAAUCCUCCAAUGCACCACCACCACCACCAUUAUAUGGUAGAAAUGCUAGGUUAGCAUAUGAUAGUGGCUCUAGGGACCACCCCUCGGCUAACAACUAUGGUGGAAUGCCCAAUGCUUAUGCAAAUUACAGGGGUGGUGGAUUUGGUCCCUAUAGGAGUGACACGGGUUUCGGUGGUAGGCUAGGCAACUAUGGUGGGACGGGUGAUUUUGGUAGUACAUAUGGUCGUUACUAUGCAGGAUUAGGGGGCUAUGGAGCCACAACUGUGCUUUCAUUUGAUUAUCACAAUCGCUUUGGUUUAUAUGGAGGAGGUUUUGGUGGAGCUUAUGCUGGUGGACUUAGUGGCUACAGGCGUGGUGGCGGUGAUGAGAGCUUCGGUGCCCCUGGUAAUUCUGGGUUUGGUGGUGAUGCUGAUGAAAGCUUUGGUGGCCCUGGUAAUUCUGGCUUUAGUGUCACCGCCUAUGGUGGUGCAUAUGAUCAUACACUAGGUGGUUAUGGAUCUGCUAGCACACGGGAAAAUAGGGGAAGCUUCACUGGUGGAUAUGGACGAUAUCACCCGUAUGCAUGA